AUGCUGAAACGCAUGGACAUGAAGCUCGAUUCGUUGGUUCAGACUCAAGGCCAAUUGCAAAGUUCUCCCACUUACCAACGCAGCCACCUGUCACCUCCUCCCAGCUCCAAGCCGCAAACGCCGGCUACAGUUUCAUCAGUUUCUCUUGAGCCUCCUCCUACGCCCCUACCCGCCUCGCCCCUCUUUUUCGACAUAGGUCGAAUUCGUGAGGAGAUAGCUUCUGCCCAGAAGCACGCCAUCGACCCUCAACAUCUGCUAGCAUGGCCAUGUUCUACGCUCAAGUUGAGCAAGAGGGAGCUCCGAUACCCAACAGAGCUGGAGAUUAAUCGCCCCAAGAUAUCCAAGCAGCUACCCCAACCAGUCAAUACAGGUCAGUCUGCGAUGGGAGAAAGCUUCUUGUCUCAAGUCCCCAUGUCGCAGCUCCACCGGCUUACACAGCUGUACUUUUCACAUUUCCACCCUUCCUGCCUCAUUCUUGAUGAGAACCACUUCUACUCGAGUGUCCUCAAUCAAGCCAUAAGCAUCAACUUCGCAGAGGGCAUGGACACGUGUGUCGUCUUGCUAGUUUGUGCAUUGGGCGCUGUUGCUGCUCGGUUCCUGGGAUUUGAUGAGUGGGGGACGGAGAGCAAAGAGAAUACCGGAUUCACAUUCUUCUCUCUGGCCCAAGACAUGCUUCGCGACCUGGAGACAGCCGACUGGGCCAGUGUCCAGUGUUUAGUGCUUUCGGGGUUGUUCUACACCUCCAAACUUAGACCAUACGAUGCUUGGCGUUGUAUCCACCGUGCUUGCUGCUCGGUCUUAAUCUUGGUGCGAUUGCAAGAUCGUCUAGACGCCCACGAGGUGCAACUACUUUGGAUUACCUAUCUUCAGGAAAGCAGUCAAUUGCUCGCCGAGUUUGAUUUCCCGUCAAGUGGGUUAGGCAAGGUUGCAGGCAGUUUCCUUUUGCCCAUUUCUCCGGACACUGGGACGGACCCUCGCCUUGCGCAAUAUCAGUUUUAUUUCCUAUCUUUAAUUGGAGUCAGGAAACUCGGCAACAGAAUAUUAUAUUACAUGUAUAGGCGAGAUAAACAACAAAAUAUCGAUUUCAGAAGUCCGAUCAACUCUCCGGCUUUUGACCGCCCUAGCAUGUUUCUCUCGGCCUCUCGAUCUAGAAUCGAGGAGCUGAACAGACAGCUGGAAGAGUGGAGAGAAAACCUUCCCGAAUGUCUCGAGUUUCCGGCGUACUCCUCCUCUCAAGAUGUAUCCACAGGCCCCUUUGAACCUCGGCCGGCCGAGGAACGAUUACGUGGGCACCUAAUGGCAUGCUACUACCACACCAAAUCCAUUCUGUACCGACCUUUUAUAUACCGAGCAUUGCAUUAUGACUAUACUUCUACAAUGCUUUCUGAGGAUGACCUAGAGGGUGCUCGAAUAGCAGUCCGCGCUAGUUUCUUAUCAACUUAUCACAGUGGACUUUUUCACGAGCCCUUACCUCUAGUUCUGAGCCCACUUAGUUCCUGGAGAACUUUAUUUGAGUUGGAAGUACAAAUCGCGUUUUGCAAAAAGCAGGACAGGACCAACUUUGCCUUGCCCAGGGAAUGGAGAAUGACCCGCCGGCUUCGGCAGAGGGUCGCGGCUGAUGCCUCUCACUCCUGCCCUACUGUGUGGCGGGAUAGUGAAGUCCUCGGCCGCGUGUGA